GCAGGAGAGCACAACGCCACGCAUCGAGGCAUCGAGCAGACGAGGACGAUGGCCAUGGCGAGACGGAGGCUUCUCGCGCUCGCGUUCCAGCUCCAGAGGAGGGCUCCGGCGACGCAGCCGUGGCGGCGCGCUUCGCCUCGGUUCCUCUCCUCAGCGGCAUACAGCUCCCUCGAACGUCUGAGGACGCCGCCUUUCGCUGGCCCAGCGGCCAGGAACCCGGCCGCCUCGCCAUGGGAUCGAUUCGGAGGAGGGCAGAAGAGGACCAUGUUCAUCCAGACACAAUCGACCCCGAACCCGCAGUCACUCAUGUUCUAUCCUGGAAAGCCAGUUAUGGAGGUUGGGAGCUCAGAUUUUCCUAAUGCUCGGACUGCGAUGACAUCCCCUUUGGCUAAGGCACUGUUUGCGAUCGAUGGAGUAACCAGGGUAUUCUUCGGAUCUGAUUUUGUAACUGUUACAAAAUCAGAAGAAACUUCUUGGGAUUACCUUAAACCUGAGGUUUUUGCUGCGAUAAUGGAUUUUUACUCAUCUGGGCAACCAAUUUUUCUGGACUCAAAUGUUGCAGCUUCUAUGGACACAGCAAUUCAUGAGGAUGAUUCAGAAAUAGUUGCCAUGAUAAAAGAAUUGUUGGAGACUCGCAUUCGGCCAGCUGUUCAAGAUGAUGGUGGUGACAUCGAAUACCGAGGAUUUGAUCCAGAAACAGGGAUAGUUAAGCUUAAAAUGCAAGGUGCCUGCAGCGGCUGUCCAAGUUCAUCCGUCACAUUGAAGUCUGGGAUAGAAAACAUGCUUAUGCACUAUGUGCCUGAGGUGAAAGGAGUAGAGCAAGAGUUUGAUGGUGACGAGGAAGCUGAACUGGCUGGACAGCUGGAAUGAGCUUUUUCAGUUAUAAGGGUCAACGCAUCCUCUUCAAAUGUUGUAGCAAACUUUGCACGUAAAUGUUUGGGGCUGUUUCGACAUCCCAAAAGGUUAUCCACAUGUUUGGUUUCUGAGAGACUUUUGUGAUGAUUAGUAGUCAUUACCAAUCUUAAUGUAUGGAGGCAGACUACCAUAGAUAGCAGAGGGGCAGUAGUCUGAACCAACAUCAGUUGCAGUAGGGUUCAAAUAAAGUGACACUGUGAAUUGCUUUUCAUUUGCCGAAUUGCUGUAUAUAUGCUGAGCUUGUCUAAUCAAUUACGAAUAUAAUUUCACGGGGUUGUUUUGCUUGUA